CGUAUUACUGUGUAUGUAGGUAGGUACAACGCGAUCGGCUCGCCCGGACAUAGUAUUAAUAUUAUUUUUAUCGUAUACAGCGCAGUUUUAAUUUUUUUUCUACAUUUUUCCGUCGGGAAAGUUCCUCAGUGAAUAAUUCUAUAUAUCGAGUGUUUUUUUCGCUCAACAGUUUUCGAAUCUCAUCCGUUACACAAUCUUCGAAAAUCUUCGGUAAGUCAGUAAAGUCAGCUAUCGUCUACGUCCUGCCGAGACCAAGAGUCAGAUAGGUUAGAAUCAUUAUAGCCUACGCCAUUAUUUUACAUUUCACACAGAUAUAAUCAACGAGAAUAAAAAAUACAGUAAUUUUACACACCUAAAUAAUAUUAUUAAGUACACCUAGGUUAUUAUUAGGUACGUAUAGCUAUAGAUUUUAUAAUAAAAAUAAUAUUACUGCUGUAGUGCAGUGAAAACUGUCGAAAAAUGGAACUCCAAAGGACUGAAAAAACUAUUUUCGUUCAUCACAGAUUUUCGUUUUUUAAUACACAUUAAAUAAAAUUUCAGUACCGUUUAAAUUUUAUUUCAAAUAAAAAAAUAUCUGAGAUAAAAUCACCUAAUUCAAAGUCCAAAAUUCAAGUUAUAUGAACCCCUCUUGGGUACAGGUAGGGAUUUCUGAACAUCCCCCCCCCCGUAUUCAUAUAUAUUUUUAACAGAAAAUACUUUAUUAUAAUGUUUUUUUUAAACAUUUUGACCUAAUUUUUUAAAAUAUUGCUUUAAAUCCUAAAACAGUCAAUAUGUUUAAGCGUAUCAAUAUAAUAUUUUAUUCUUGUCUUAUCAUUAAUACUACUAUAUAAUGUAUUUACGACGUAUAAAUCGACAACUCCUACAAAGAAAGACGUAACUCAAUAUUUUUCGUUUUUUAUGUUAUUUGUUUUAUUAGAUAAAGCGGUUUUUUCUUAAUUCCCGACGAAAACGGCAUUAACUCAACUCUACCCAAGAGGUUAUAAAUCAAAUAAAAUAUUAAGUCCUAAUAUUUGGUUUACUAGCGGGUAGCGAACAAGGGCGUAUCUUUUGUUACGUUUAUUUUUGAAUUAAAUUACCCGCGAAAACAAUCAUAACUCCAGAAAAUAUGAUUAUAUUAUUAUUAUAUUAAUAUAAUUAUUGUUAUUAUGAUCGUUUUAAAAUGAUUACAACCAAUGGUGGCUCGUGCUAUGGUGCACAGGAGCAGUGUACCACCAUACAAUUAUGAAAACUAUAGGCACAUUGUUUUGUUAUAUUACUACAAUACAAAAAUAUAUUAUUAAUUAUUAUAAUAUAUAUUAUAUUAUAAACUAGAAAUGCAUUCGCAAUAGCUUUGGAGAUAAGAACACAAAUUAUUUUCUAGAAUUAAAGAAAUAUUUAACGCGAAAGGUCGAGAAAAAAGAAUGUUAUCGCACGUUAUAGGUAUGUCAUCGUAACACAGCGACAGCGGUCGCGGAGUGUGGACGGUCAGAUACAAUUUUUGCACCAGUUGCGUAUGCGCGUUUGACCAUUUCGGUCCCACUACUGGCACAACUACCAUCAGUCUUAGUGGUAUGUUGGUGCACAAACGAAUAUUGCACCGCCGCUGCCGUCUGCCGUUGCUGACGGAGAAUACAUUAGGAACUGAAUAUUUCUUUUGGAUAAUAUUAAAUUUGUCCGGCGGGUGGCGUUAUUUCCAAAACUAUUCUAUAGAAAAUACUAACCGACCUGGUUUACAUUCAAUUCCUAAAUAACAUUAUUUAAUGUAAUGUAACAAAAACAAACAUAUUAAUUUCCUAAUAUAAUGUAGAUUUCUAUCUAAAAACCUCCUAUAUAAAAAAAAUAAUAUAAAUAUAUUUAUAUUUCAAUAAAACAUUUGUUUUAGUUCCUGUUUUCUGAAUCGACUGUACAUAUUGUAUACAAUUUUUUUAAAUUUGCACCACCAAUUAUUUCACUCACGAGCUGCCACUGACUACAACAAUAAAGGUAAUAACUAUUAACCAUGAUAUUAAGGACUGGCAACAGUAAUAAAAUAUGCGGUCAGGUUUUAAUACGAACUGUUUGUGGUGGAAAGAUUGUGAAGCUGAAGCGCCAUCUAUUAGACAAAGUUUCAAAAUUAAUAGUAAAAAAAAAAAAUAAAUGAAUUAAUAUGAGUUUUGAAAAACAUAACUGAUCAUGUAAAAUAUUACAAAUAACUGGUUGGAAACUGUAUUAAACUUGUUAUGAAAUUAUAGUAAAACACAUAUUUUUAAAUACUAAUUUUUUGUUCUUUGUACUAAUACACUUGUCUUACAUUUCUUAAAUAUAUAUUUCUUUUCAAAAUGCCCAGAAUUACAUGUUUAAGUGUUUAAUGCAUAAUAUGUACUACCUACAUAGUACGACAACAAUGAUUCAGUAUAAUAUAUCAUGUCAAGGCCAUCUACGAGGGAGGCAAUGGGCAAUUUUUUUUAUGUUUAUUAUCUUUAAUUGUCAUAAAUCUAAAUUUAAAAUUUAAAAUUCUUAUUCCAUAGGUUUGCAAAACAGAAUCUAUGGUAAAGAUGAAAUAUUUUUUGUUAACCCUCCUCCGAGAAAAUUUCUGCGGGCGGCCUUGUACUAUGUACACUGAAAAGUCUGAUCAUGUAGUUUGUACAUAAUAUAUUUAAAAUAAUUGAAUAUAUAGCAGUGGCAUAAAUAGGGAUUUAAACACCCUGAGACAAGUUCGGGUUUUCCAACGUAGCUACUUAGUCGAUUUUUUUCUAGGAUAAUACAUUUAUUUUAAAUUCUUCCCAUAUGCAAAUCAUUGAGAUUUAAAGUGGUUAGGUAUCAAUUUUUCAAAUUCAAAAUGUACGUUAUAUUACAAUAUUUUACAUUAAAAAUACAAGAUCUGUUAAAAAUUAUACGACAAACUAAAAUUACAUUUUAGCACUCUGGAACAGUUGCACCCAGCCCCACUUAUAGCUAUGCCACUUUUAUAUAUUAACAUUUAACUAAGUAGAUAUAUAAUAAAUAAUAAAUAUUAUUAUAUUAUUAUUAUACGUAAUCUCUCGAAAAUAAUGUAAAAACAUAUUUGUCUUCUUACACAUAAUAAAUUAUAUCAGUACCCAGUAGGCAGUGUCCUACCCAAGAAAAGGGAUUAAGAGGCUUUGACUUCAUUCAUUAUUAGCCACGUUAAAAUACAAAAAUAUACUAGAUACCAGUCAGUAUUGAAAUUUUAUAUUACUACCAACUGGAAUAAUAUUCUUUGAACAUUUGUAUUAAGUACUAACUUAUAGCCAAGAAAAAAUAGCUCUAUACUGCAUAAUAUUAUAUAGAUUAAAUGUUAGGCAUCGACUAGCUCUUCUUCUUAUUUUCAUCCAAACUAUAUAUGGGGUCUGCCACCCUCGUUAAAAAUGUCUACUUGACCUGAUGACUUGCAUGCACCGGCUGUCUUCAUAUAAUUUUUAAUAAAAUAUCCUUGGGUACGUUACUGUUUAUAUAGUAUUUACCUACUUAAAUUUGUUUUAAAUAGGUACAUAGAUUCGUUAGUACAACACUUUGAACAUUGAUCAAAUAUAAAACAAUAAAAUUGUGUGACAACUUUGUUUUUAUAUAAGUGUUUACAUAGAUAGGAUUUAAGAUGUACACAAUAUGUAAGAUACAUGCAAACGACGUAACAAGCAAGUGUGUUUUUUACAUUUCUAUAAGAGAACAAGAAAUCUAUUUGCAGGUGUAUUAUUAUGCAUUUUAAUACAUGGUUAAUGACAAUAAGGAAAUAACUGGUAAAAAAGAAGCGAGUUUAUAUUUUGUUCGUACCUAUAUCUAUUAGUCACUAGAUUAAAUAGCAUAGUAGAUAGGAUUCAGAGAUAAGGGGGGGGGGAGAGGGAGCUAUAGCUAUAGCUAUAAAAAGCGAUGUUCGGUUAUACAUGUUUUGAAAAGUCGUAAUAGAUAUUUACGAUUUUUGUCAAAAUUGGAUAUGAAAAUUAUUAUAAAAAAAAAAUCUACGCAUUAAACUGAAUUUUUUAACUUUUAGCCACUAAAUAAGACUUUUAAUGAACCUUUUAUCAAAUUUUCAAUCUUUUCUGUUUAGUCUAAUAAUUUUAUCCACAGAGUACCUAUCAAAUAAAAAUGAAGUAAAAAACUCGUAAAUUUAAAAUGUCUAUAAAUAGCUCAAAAAAUAAAAGCUACCACGUUUAGAACAAGUAAAUAUAAGUUUUCUGUCAAAAUUUAAAAUCUCUACGAAUAUUUAUAACGGAAUUAUAACAAAACAAAAUUAAACAAAAUUAAAAAUAAUAAAAGCAGUAUUUUCGUAAAUUUUUCCGAUCUUUCUACGUUUUUUUUUUCGAUUUGCUUAAUUAUUUAAAAAAUUACAACGAAAAUCGGAAAGCAAAUUUCUUAUUCAUAAACUACAUUAAAAAUUCAACAAGAAAGGUUUUGUAUUGUUUUUCUAUUGGGGCAAUAUUUUUGAUAGAAAACCUAAGUCAUAAAAAAGGCGGACAUACCGCAUUAUGAGUAUCAUUAUUGCUAUUGUUUGUUGUAGUUGAGAAGUUAGGAAGGUAGAAUUUAAAGAGAUCGUAACUAAAAAGCUACAGCCUAUAUGAAACCAUGGUGCUGCCAAAAAUAAACUUAUGUCUAAGAUAGAGACACAAGAUAAGUAAAUUUCUAAGCAGAUAAGUCUUAUUAAUAUACAAUAAAUUGUAUCUUUACUCACUGGCACAAAUAUGGGGAAUGGGGGGACUAGCCCCCUAGAAUUGCUAAAUACCUCCAACAAUUAAUGAUUUCACCACAAUAUACAUUGAAAUAUACCAUAAGUUGUAAAGAAGAGUAUAAAAAUCAGCCCCCCAAAUGUUAACACUGUUUGCGCCUAUGUUUUACUAGUAUUAAUAUUAUACAGAGUGAUUCUUUUAGUAUAAACCAAUAAUUUUCUUAGAGUAUUUUAAGUAAAUUUGAUUUAUUUUUAGAUUCGGAGCGCAUCCAGUGGUCUGUUGGUUUUUUUUCUGUUUGUAAACAACUAUUUUAAAAGAAAUCUUGUCUAGUUGGUGUAUUAAGGUCAGUUUUUGAUUUUCAAAAGGAUUUUUAAAAUAGUUGGGAAAAUUCCGAUAGAAAAUUAUAGGUAAAAGAACAAAUAUUUACGGCACACCGCGGCGUUACCCUUUUCAUUAUUUUUAAUUCGUUAACACAGUGUUUUCUAAGUACUAAAAAUGUUGCUCCAAUCGAAAAAUAACAAGAUAUCGAUUUUGUUCAAUUGAACACAUAGCCGCUGAAAGAGAAAAGUUGGUUUUUGUUACCUAAAGUAUUGUUCAUAAUAAUUGAGGAAGACCAAAAAUGUCGAAAUAUACGAUUUUUUCAAAUUACGGCACAAUUACAUUAUUUUAAAUUUGCAUGGCUUAUUUUUCUACCAUAAAUAUUGCUUCAAUAGAUAAAUGAAAAAGACCAAUUUUUUGCAUUUUUAAUCUAGUUAGUAACCAAUAUAGUCGUUUUUUGUUUUUCUUUGUGUUUUUUUUAAUAAUUGCGCAAAAACCGGACAAAAUCGUAUAAAGAACGGGAAAUUUAUGAUAAUAAUUCUUUUAUUAUUUUAAAUUUGGUUUUUUCGUUUUAAUUCAGGUUAAAAUAAUCGUUGAGACUUUUAAGUGGUUUUUAUUUGGUAGGUACUCUGUAGAUAAAUUGUCUGACUUAACAUAAAUGCUUGAAGAUUUGAUAGGAGAUUUAUUAUAAGUCCUACUUAGUAGUCGAAAAAAAAAUUAGUUUAAUGUAGUGUUUUUUUUAUAAGUUUUAAAGUUAAAUUUUGAUGAAAAUCAUAAAUAUUUUGGCUUUUUAAAAUAAAUAAAUUUUAAACUGAACUUUGCUCCGAAUCAUUUUUAAUUAUAAAUGAUUUAUCGUUGGUUAAAUGUAUACCUAGUAAAUACCUAAAUUUUAUACCUAAAUUAAAUAAAUUUAUCUAGGUAUCCCACCAAAUUGUUGUUUAAUAACAUUUAGAAAUAGCAAUUUUUUUUACCAGUAAUAAGUACCUAUUAAUUCCAAUGUUGUUGAGCUGCUAUUUGAAUCUAACAAUAAAUAUUGUCAACUAUAUAGGUAUGUCGUAUGUAUAUUAGUAUGAGCACGUGUAUAGGAACGUGUAUAUUCAAUAUUAACGCCAAACACAAAUUGAUAUAGGUACCUAACUUAUAAAUUCAGAAGCAUAACUGUAUACUUAUUAUACCUAUUAUGUACACAACUAUUUUAUAUACAGCAGUAGCCACUAGAGACUUAAUUAGUGCUAAUUAUUGUAUUAUAUUGUUUCAAUUUAAUGAAAUCUACAAAAAUGUUUUGUUAAUCUAAAAACAUCAUACACGAUAUUAUAUUAUACUACGACCGAAGUUCACAUGCAUUUCAUAACUGAACAUUUCAUUUGUUAAUUCAUGUAUUUAUAUGUCCAGGUAUUUACUUAUUUAUCAUAAUCCAAACACCGAAUAGGUCGAAGAAAAUAAUUAAUUUAGAUAACUACUAUUGUUGUUGUGUUGUCAAUUAGGAACAUAUACCAUAUAAUAUCAAUAUACAUGACAUCAUUAUCAAGUACAACUCAUUUAAUACACUAUUGUAAAACUUGCUUCAUUGGUAAACAGAACAUAUAAUAAUAAUAGAUAGGUAUAUGAAUAAUAUGAUUACGAGUGUUUAUUUUUAUAUUUUAAAAAGAAUCUUCAAAAGGGUUACGAAGGUCAAUAGAAUAUCAAUUUAAAAUGUAUUGUCGUUCAGUAAUUUUUAAAUCUUGCGAUCUUCAGCCCCCCCCCCAGAUUUUCUCGAUUUUUCCGGGACAGGGAAGUCAUACGAAUUCCGGGAUUAGACAUACAAAUUACAUACUAAAUAUCUGCGAAGGAAAAGUACGAAAAGUUAAUUUUAUAACCCGGGUGGGGCUGAAGACACGUGUCUACAGCCCCACCAGAGCUUUUUUCGAUUUUUCUGAGGCAGGAGUGCUAUACAAAUUCUGGGAAAGAGCAUACAAAUUACAUAUUAAAUAUCUGUGAAGAAAACGUACGUCAAAAACUGGAUGAAAAUUAGUAAAUUAAUUCGAUGAAUUUAUGUGUUUAAUAAUAAUUAUGUAGGUACCCUGCCAAAAAUGGUUACGCACUAAGAUAUAAUAUAACGUAUAUAUAUACCUCACAUAUGAUUCGUAUAAUAUGGAUUGUGUACACAAUUUCAGUGAAAAUUAUAAUAUGAGACUGAUCAUAAAGGACAAAGCGGACGACGUUUCAAAAUGGGCCGCCAAAUAUGUGGUAAAGAGAAUAAAAGAUUUCAACCCGGGACCAGACAAAUAUUUUGUUUUAGGAUUGCCUACUGGUAAAGUUAAAGCAAGAAAAAAAAUAAAUGAGUAUAAAUAAUUACUAUAAUGUAUGUUUUAAAUAUAGGCGGAACGCCGUUGGGCAUGUACAAAUAUUUGAUCGAAUAUUACAAGGCUGGAGAUAUUUCUUUCAAGUAUGUUAAGACCUUUAACAUGGACGAAUACGUGGGUAAGUUCUAAAAGUAUUUAUAUAGAUACAAAUACGUCAGCCAUAUCAUUUAAUAUUUUACUUUUAUAUACUUAAAUUAAUCUAAAUAAUAUAUCUAAAAUAUUAUAUUCGUUUGUCUGUAACGCUUUUUCUCUCACUUUUAUUUUUUUACUAAACAAAUAGAUUAACAAUAAGCGAAUGUGAUUUCUAAAGAAAAAGGAUUUAUCGAAUGCAGGCUAGACUAUAAAAACAGUCACCUAUUGGAGGUACCCAUAAGAACGUAAAAUGUGAUGUUUAGAUUGUAAUUGUAGUUUAAAGAGGAGAAUAUUUCCGAGGGCUGAACGUAACUUUUUUCUAAUACAAUUGCCAUACAAAAACGUUACAGCAACUUUGUGUCAAAGUGCAACCAGUUUCCUAAAUUUUAAAUUUACAUUAAGAAAGUAAUGGUCAUUGCAGUCAACUUUAUCAAAUAAGUUCGAUUGACGUUAAAUAUAUAAUUACUAUUUGAUCUUAAAUCAUUUAUACUUCGGAUUAUCUAAAAGUCAGUGCGCAGUUUUUGUACGUUAUAAUGAUUGAUCCAGCGUUAACAACGAAAUACAAUUUUGGUAGACAUUCACGUGCAAAAAAGUUUUAGACAUGAAAAUUACAGCAUUAUUUGCAUUUAGCACGAGAUAUUUAAAACAUGUCUAUGACCGUUGUAUAAUAUAUUAACUAUAUUAUGCGGUUAAAUAAAAUAUAUAAAAUUCAUAUUAUUAUAUUGAAUAUAUUAUGCGAUUUCAAUAAUUGUAUAGUUGUAAUUGCAUUCUUAAAUAAUUAUUAUUCAAGAAUAUUCAAGUAGAUAGAUUAGUAUAGGUAUACAAGGUGAUUUUUUUUUUUAUCAUAAACCCGCAAUUAUCUCGAAAGAUUUUUAGUGAAUUUGAUUUCUGUUAAAACUAAACAUUUUUUACCCGUAGGAACUCCAUUUACCUUAAAUAAGUACAUAUUUUAUUUUAUUUUUCAAAUACGAGCCCCUCCCUUUUGAAUAAAUAUUCGAAUGAAGAAUAUUUUUUUUGGAAAUGUUUGUGUGCAUAUCACUAAUAUCAGAUUUGCCGUAUACGAGUUAUAACCGUUAAAAGUUCAGACCGGAAAAUUAGGGAAGGGCAAUAAAUUAUUUAUAUAUUUUUAAAUGAUACAUUCCCUACUCCUCCGGUCUAAACGAUUUUUUCGAGAUUGCUUUUUUUGUAUUGUAUACAUUGUAUACGAAUAAUACAAUGUAUAGAUCACUCUGUAUAAUGCUAUUAUAGACGUAAGACUAUGAUUUUAUAAUAAUAUUAUUAUGUCGUCAAUUUAUAGGAUUACCAAGAAAUCACGUGGAGAGUUACCAUUACUACAUGUUGACGAACUUUUUCGCGCACGUCAACAUCGAUCCGAAAAAUGUGCACAUCUUGGACGGCAACGCGGUUGACUUGCAGGCGGAAUGCGCGCAUUACGAAAUGUUAAUCAGAGAGGCUGGCGGUGUCCAUCUAUUCGUGGGAGGUAAGUCGCUUGCUCCCAUGCUUCAACGCACAUCUCGGACGCGGUACAUAAUAUUAAAAUGUUCGCAAAAUCACUGAGCUGACAUGUUUAAAACACUUCAAAAAAUGGCUCAAUGUGAUUGAACAUGUAAAACGUGAAUUUAAGUGAUUAUUUAGUGACUAUAGUAUUGAAUAUUAAAUAAUUUCUUUUUUCUUUUCAUAGGACCUUGAUAGAAUCAUAUUAUUAUUAAGUCGUUAUAAAAAUCAUUCAUAUUUUAGAUUUGGGCAGGUUUGGAAAUUUGAAUUACCAACUUUACACUUCUGUAAUAUCUUUGUUUAAUAUUUUAUGUUACAAUACAAACACAUACAAUAGAAGUAAUAAAUGUAUUAUAUUAUAAAUUAAAGCAAGAUUAUCAGUAAAAAACAAAAAUCAAAAAAAUGUAUAGUAGGUAAGUAAUGAAAUCGAUAACGCCGGACGUGCCGUAAAUAUUUGUCCAUUUUUCCUAUGUACGUACGAUAAAAAUCGCUCAGAAAUUAAAAAAAUGACGUAAAGCACUAAUUAUAUCCAAAACGUACCAAAAAAGGUAUCUUGUCGGUUUUUUGAUUCGGUUCCUCUACACUGUAGUUGCUCUUGUACAAAUCAACUUAUUACAUUUCAUUAUUUAAAAUAUUGAGUAUAAUGGAAAUUUUAUUUUUUAAUAAUAUAAUGUACUUUAACUAACUCACAAAAUCAUAUUUUCAAAUUUUAAUUGUUGAUAUUCCAUAAUUUAAAAUCAGAAAAUUAAUUUAAAUCGGAAUAUUGGAUUUUGAAAUUUUGACUUUAGAAUCUUUUAGGCAUUUUUCAUAUAAUUCAAAAACUAAUCAUUAUUCUACAUUUUAAAAUUCAAAGUCAGGAUUUUCGGAUUUUAAAAAUUCGAAAUACGGAUUUAUGUCAUAUGUCACAUCAUUAAUUCUUUUAUCGAAUACGGUUCAGAUUGUGAUAUCCGUAAAAACCUGGAUUUCAGAUUCGUAUAUUCUAUUCGUAUAUAUUUGUAUAUAGGUUUUGAUAGGCACCCAUAUAUUUAUACACUUGUAACAGGCCCAACGUAGGAAUAGAACUUGGAGGAAAAUCUUUGAAAUAAAUCAAAACUCCAACUUGAGUUAUAAUAAUAGAUUAAUAUUUCUAAUAAAAAUACAAGUCCAAUAAUAAUAAUAAUCUUCACAAAAUAUACCCCAAUAAAGUUCAUAUAGUCCAAUAAAUUUAAUUCAAAAACAUCAAAAUUAUUCCAAGUCUAAAUUAAUUCACAAAUAAGUAUACGUCGAAAAAUAAUUAUGAAACAAGAGUGACGCGAAGUUGCUCACAUUUGAUUAUGGUGGACUUGUCUGAUAAGACGAUGUUUCGGACGGCGUUAUAAAUGCUUGGAAGGACCCCCGCAACCUGUUGUUCAUAAUCACAGCUGUCUACAGUAUUUCAUUAGUGACAUUGUUAGUACAUCCUGAAAAUUAGUUUGUCUAGACAUUGCCUAUCGGUUUUAUGCGUUUUAUUAUAGAAAUUAUACGAUACUUGCGACAGUUGUUUUAGGUCUAACUACGCCCUAGGUAAACGUAUCAUAUUUCAUAUUUUUAUUACAUUGCUUUCCGAAAAGGAUGCAGUUGCACUUUAAUAUUAUAUCGGUUUUCCCCUAUUUUGGCUGUUGACUUUACUGUAGUACGCAAUUUAAUUACGUAAUUACGCGCGUAUACCUAUAAUGGACCAUAUGGCAUUAUAUGAAUUAAUAGUUUACAUCAAAAUCAAAAUAUAUCAAGGUAUAAUACUACUCAAAAGAUGAAUAGAAAAACUAAAAUAUGUUAGUAACGAUGACAAGGCCCUUCAAAUUUUUUUUUUUUUGUACACCUAACCUAACCCACGUUUGUACAUGAUAAAUUAUUAUUUUGUUUUAAACUUGAUUAAAUUAUAUUUUAAACAUAAAAAAGAUAUGGACAUACUUCGUACGAUAGGUGGUAUUAUACUAUUAUAAAUGAGAAUUUGGGAAAGUAGGAUGUAGAUGCGAAUUUAAUGUAUAUCAGUACAUAAUGAUUAAUAUUUGCAAAUAAAAAACGAUUCUGAGUGGAGUUCGAUUAUACAAUAGGCUGUAAUAUUUACGAUUUGAAAACAAUACAUUUCGAAAAUUUGUCAACUUUUUCCAGGUUAUUCACAUUUAUUGGGAAAACUUAUAGGAAAAUCAAAAAAUGACUUAUCUAAAGUGCCACCCCAGUCAGAUUUCCUUUCAGAAAAAAUGUUAUACUUGAAAAUCGGAGCAAAAUCGCUGACAGAAAAGUUGUUCAUUGAUUAAAAAAAUAAAUAAAUAAACAUCGUAAAACCAAUACAUACCUCACUCCGCUCAAAAUCUAAAAAUUAUGCUUUCUAUCAACCCUGCAAAAACCCGAACACAAUAAUACCUAAUAAUAAUAUAGUAUUGCUGGACUUUUGGAAACAUUUAAAUGUUAUCACAGUUGAUCUAUAUACAAGAGUAUAAUACAUAUAUACGUAUAUAUGUAUAAGAUGUAAAACUACUAGGUCUAAAAACAUGAUAAUUUCAUUGAGAUCCUUUUUAACCUUGGUUCAAGGUUAUAAUUUCUUAUAGUUCUAUAAGAAGCAGUGUCUCUAAUGAAGAUAGAAAGUUGGAAUUUGUACCAUGGGAAGGUAGGAUAUAUAAAUAUUAUAUUGUACAAUGUAUAGUAGGUGCAACUUAUGAUGGCAAUUUUUGCGGAACCAAAACAAUUUGUUUUACAUAAAACCAAACAAAUAAACUCAACAAUUUUGAAUAUAGUUCGUUAAAAAAAAUGUACAACCAAAUAUUCGAUGCAAAUUUAAAGACUCUUAAGAUUAUUAUAUAAGAAAACUACAAAGCAAUCUAAAAGAACUGUUGUACGUGAAGUUGGGAAGGUAGGAUAUAUACAUACAGUUAUUUAAUUUAUAAUAUCUGUAAUCAAUAAUAAAUUAUUAUAACUAACAAAAAAUGAUUCGGAAUGAAAUUCGGUUACACAUGUUUUGAAAGGCAGUAAUUAUUAUGAUUUUCGUCAAAAUUUAACAUUAAAACUAAAUUACUAAAAAUACUAUAUUAAGCUGAAUUUUUUAUCUUUUGACCACUAAGUACAACUUCUAAUGAACCGCUUGUCAAAUUUUUUAAAAUUUCUGUUUAGUUUAAUAAUUGUAUCCAUAAAGUAAGAGCUGUAGCAAGCUUCUCUGAUAUCCGAGGCAAAUUUGAAUUUGAAUACAUGCCCCUACCCCCAAAAAAAAAAAAAAAUUAUUAGGUUCCGUUUUAAAUACUAUCAUUUAUCGUAUUUUUAGAUAAGAGUGUAUUUAUUUAUUUUAAAAUUACACAGAAGCACUGAAUAAAAAAAAUAAAUUGUAGUAUUGAACGAAAGUGAAUUUUGCAAAAAAUAUAGGUAUAGAUGCAAAGUUUUUCAGAAUCAAAAUUAUUGUACUCUUCUUGGUUUGACUGCCGGUAAUUCAUCAAUAACAACCUCGUAAUCAAUUUAUCCAGCAACUUCAUUUUCUAUACACAAAAUAACCUCUCUUGGCCCAUAUAGUGGAUCUCAAAUAUAAUUCUUUAAAAAAUUUGAGUUCACUAAAACUACUUUCACAUGUAGCUAUACAGUAAAAGAUUAUAAACGGCAAAUACAAUAUCUACGUUGAAUUUUUAUUUUAAAAACAAAUGUCAAGAUUUAACGCUCCCAGUGAGGCUAAUGCCUCAGUCAUCUCACCCUUCUUAUGGCUUUGCACAGAGUACAUACUAAAUACAAACGACGUAAAAAAUUUGCAAAAUUAAAAUGUCUAUAAAUAGCUCAAAAUGAAACAAAUGUUUUUAAAAAUUAACUUCGUAUAGAAAAAACAAAUAUAAGUUUUCUGUCAAAAUUUCAAGUCUCUAUAAAUAUUUCUAAUAGAAUUAGAACCCAAAAAAAUGAUUUAAAAUAACAAGAGCAUUAUUAUUAAAUGUCGAUGUCGUUUUUAUUUUUUUUUUCGGUUUCGCUCAAUUAUUAAAAAAAAGUAUGGAGGAAAUCAAAAAACGAAUUCAACAAAAAAGGUCUCUUGUCAUUUUUCUAUUGGAGCAAUAUUUUUGGUAUUACAUCGCGUAUAAAAUUUAAAUUAGUGAAAUCGUGUGCCAUAAUUUUUUUAGUUUUUCAAUUUCUUUUUCCUAAUUAUUAUAAAAACUACUUAAAAAAUCAAAGAACGACUUCCUUUGUGAUCAACUCAAUGCAAAUUUCAACAAAAACAAUUUUUUGAUAGGGACAAUUGAAAGAUGGGCAUUUUUUGGUUAAAUUAAUAUUUAGGAAAAACACAUUCCUAGUUCGCAAAAAUUAAAAACAAUAAAAUGAUAACGUCGGAAUGCGCCGUAAAUAUUUGCCUGAUUUAUAAUUUUGAUUCCGGUUCUCAAUUAUUUUGAAAACCCAUUGGAAAAUCAAAAAAUGAAUUCUCCUCAAUGUUUCAACUAGAUAAAAUUUCUUUUCAGAAAUGGUGCUACACUUGAAACAUCUGAGUAAGAGAUCUGGUAAAAAUUUUUUUUAAAAAAAGUAUAUAAUUUACACCAUGGUAAAACCAAUACAUACCCCACGGACUAAUACGGCAUACCCUUAGUUAGUAAAAUAAGUAUUAAUUAGGUAAUUAAAUUGGUAAUUUGGAAAUUAAAAAAAAACGGUUAUCAUAAUAUAUUUGUUUUAAGAGUAUGAAAAUAUUAUUCCAAUGUAUACAGGAUGAUUUUUUUUAUUAUGAACCAGUAAUUUUCUUAGAGGAUUUGAUUUCGAUUUUAAAUUUUGAUAAAAAAAUAUUUUUCUACUUUAAACCUGUGUUUAAAAGUUGGGGGGGUUGCUAUUUUAAAAAAAAAAAGUACAUACUUUUUUAAGGUAUAUGGAAUAGAGAUACACAAUUAAAAAUGGCUUUAAAAUAAGGCUUAACCGAUUCCAUAAUUUUUAGAAAAAAAUAAAAAUCAAAUUCACUUAAAAUCCUUUGAGAAAAUAGCCGGUUCAUGAUACAAAUAUUUGUAUUUCCUAUUAAAAUUAAAUACAUUUUAUUGUUAUUGUUUUCUUCGGCCAUGCGGACACUGACACCAAAAUCACUUCUUACUUAUAUGUGCGAACUGCAGGAAUCGGUCCGGACGGUCACAUAGCAUUCAAUGAGCCCGGUUCUUCACUGGUUUCCAGGACCAGAGUCAAAACUUUGACACAGGAUACAUUAGAAGCGAACGCUCGAUUCUUCGGAAACGAUAUCGACCAAGUGCCAAAACAGGCGCUGACUGUUGGCGUAGGCACAGUCAUGGAUGCUGAAACUGUAUGUCCAAUAAUUUUAAGCUUUAUCCUAACCUAUUUUAUAUAAUAGAUGCAUUUUGUCAAUUGCUUAAGCUAUAUGUAUAGAAUAGAAUUUCAAAAAUGUUGUUCGAGGAUAAUAGGGCCGGGUACAGCAAUUGUUGUAGGUGAGAAGUUGGGAACGUAGGAUACAGAGGGGAAUUUAAUGUAUAACCGAAAACCGACUCUGAGCAGUGUUCAGUUAAUAGUGAUGCAUUAUCAACAAUAUAUAUAUAUAUAUAUAUAUAUAUCAUAUUAUGGUAAAAUAAUUAAAUAUGUAUUAUAUUAUAUUUUGUUCAGAUUUUCCGUUUUUUCUACGUUUUUCUCGGUUUCUCCAUGCUUUUUCACAAUUACUGGGAAAAUCGAAAAAUGACUUCUUCAUAGUACCUACCAUCCCAAUCAGAUUUUCUUACAGGAAAAGGUCUAUAGGGUCUAAAGGAUGUAUAUCAUAUAGUUCGAAUUAAGCUUUCUGGUAGAAAGUGUUGAAAAAAAAAAAUUAAUAAUAAUAAACAACUUUUUAAAAUUAAUAAAAAUUAAUACAUUCUUUGCUAUACUCGAAUCUAAAACAAUAGAUUUCAUAUAUAUACAAAUUUUGUACUUUUAUGCUAGGUCAUGAUACUAAUCACGGGAUGGCACAAGGCACUAGCUUUGCACAAGGCUAUUGAGAAAGGCGUCAAUCACAUGUGGACUAUUUCAGCAUUUCAACAACACCCAAAAACCCUCAUACUGUGUGAUGAACUGGCCACAAUGGAACUUAAAGUGAAGACUGUAAAAUAUUUCAAAGUAAGUUCAUAUCUAUAUUUGUAUUUAUAUGUGUUGCAUAUGUCAACUGUAAGCACAUUACAAAAUGCUUGACCAUAAUAAUAACAGUCUUUCUUAGAAAUUUACAUUAUCAAUAAUUCCUGACAAAAGAAAAUCUAUAGACAGAGAAUUUAACAUAAUAUAUUUUAUGUACCAUUUAAAGAAUUUUUGGGAUAUAAUGAUGGCCAAAGUAAUGCAUUUAUAACACAAAAUCUUUACAUAUACUAAGGCCAUUGAUAUAUCACACAGAUACACAAAUUUAAAUUUAAUAUUAUUAUGCAAUAAAAUGUAUACUGUCUUUUAAUUAUAGGCUCUAGACUCAGUCCAUGGAAUGCUAAUUGAAGACGACUCGCAUUCAUGAUCACUCACAAUAGAAAUAUUAUAAUAUAUAGGGAUGUAGGUACAUAAUUUAUUUUUAAUUUUAGCCAUUUUUAUACAAUAUCCAAUAUAUUAUUAAAUUGCAAUGUUAAUAAUAUUUAUUGUAAAACUUGUUAUAAACAUUUUUAUUGUUAAUGCAGUGUUUAAAGAGUAAUACUAAUUAUAUUCUAAAUUAAAAGUUCAAAAAAAUAUAAUGGAGUAAAUACUUUCAUAAUUUAACUUUUGAUUUUGAUACCAAAUCGACUAGACCAAAGGUAUACAUUUUGCAAAAAUGAUAUUUUAGGCACUAUUAAUAUUAUUAUGUCAUUAAUUUAAGUUAUUAAUUAACUGAAUAUUAUGGUUCAAUCACUAAUGCAAAUAUAUUUGGUGGACUAGUACAUUUAGCUAUAAUAAAUUUUAUGUUAAUUGCUUUAAUUGUGAAAAAUUGUAAAUAAGUAAUUAGACACAGAAAGGAUUCAAUAAACUAUUUCAACUUUGACACAAGUAUCAAUAGAAUAAUAACUGUUGAAUUAAAAAAACCACAUAGUAUGAAUAAAAUUCAUCAUUAGAAAAUAUUGUCUGAUAAAAAGGAAUGUAAGUAAACAUAAAUACAAUUUUAGUGCAAGUUUAUAUAUAUAUAUUUUAUUUUUGUUCCAAUAGGUCAAUACCCUAAAACCAAAUUUACGCAGAUGACAAUAUUUGAUUACAAUACAAUAUUAAUGAUAAUAAUUAAACAAUAAUAUAUAGGUAAAAGCAACAUUGAGGAUUAAGUAUAAUAAAUCUAUAUGAUUAUAAAUAUAAUAUUUAAAUAAACAUGAAGCUAAGAGUUAAUCAUUCAGUACAAGUUAUGGUCAAUCUACAAGUGACAAUAUAUAAAUACUACAUUUCAAAUUAUUAGCCUGUAUAGGUCUCUAUAAAAAAGUUAGUGAGAAAAAAAAAUAAAGAAUAAAAUACAAAGUAAAAUGAAUACAAUCAGUACCUUUAAAAAAAAAUGAUAAAAAUAAAAAUGGAUAUGAAAAUUUAUAAAAAAAAAAAGAAGAAAAUAAAAUAAAGGGUCUUCACAGUCUUAUACACUUAGUGCGGCCACAUUUAAACAAUCCGAAGUAAAAUUUGACUUAACAACAAAUAUCACAGUAGUUGUACAUUAGUGUUGUUUCAUGCGUUCUCAAAAAUAUAAGUUUAAAAAAAAAAAAAAAAAGCUAUACAAAUUAAUAUUUUGUUUUGGUUUUUAAUUUUACUAUUUGUGUUUGAAUUGUUAAAAAAAUAGAAAUAAAUCAAAUUAAACCUUCAUAGAAAAUAAUAGAUUUUAAUUAACAAUAUCAAAAAAACCGAAAUUGUAUAAUAUUCUAUUGAUUCUUCACAGGACAAUUUAAAAGAGCAUAGUUUUUUUUUUUAUUGAAUUCAUAUUUUAAUGUUUUUGAAAAAAUUAAAAAAACAUACAUACUUAAUGAUGUUAUUUAAUAUAAUUAUGGUGAAUAUGUAUAUUAAUUGAAAUAUGGUUGUAAAAUAUAAGCAAUAUUUAUUUAUUUAUAAAUAAUAAUACAAAAGUGGAAAAAUAUGUCCUGUAAAUUAAUAGAGAGAAAUAUGUGUAAAUAUAGUACUAUUACAAUGGAAAAAAUUUGAUAGAUUGUCAUUUCAAUAAACAUGGUAUAUAAACAGGUUAAUUGAAGUGAAGUGUGUAAUACAGGUUUUUAUUUUAAUGUAAUUCAUACAAAAUUAACAAUCACAUUAAUUAUGAUAAAAAAAGAAAAAGAAAGAAAUUUGCAGUGUUCUUUUGAUUGUACAUCAUUACAUUAUUGACAUACAUUGUGUAUAUAAUAUUAAAUACAAAUCUCACAACAAUUAUAAUAAUACGCCAACCCAUAAAAUAUUAUAUAAACUAACAUUAUGCAAUAAUAAUCUAACAAUAUUGAAAAAUGAAUACAAACAAAAUUAAAUAGAAAUGAUAAAAAUAAUAAUAAUAAACCCUUUGAGCUAACCAUUAAUGUUUCAAAUAAUUAAAUGUAAACUACAUACUAAUUUAUUAUUUUAAUAGUCAAAUAAAAACAAUGAAAAACAUAAAUGUAUUUUAACCAUAAUACUAUUUUGUGUUAAUAGUAUAAUUUUAAAACUCGUAAAAAUUACAAAAUAAUUACUAACAAUAUUGAGUUGUUGUAAAUACUAUUCACAUUAUUAUUAAUUUAUUUAAAUGAUUUAAUACAAUUUAGUAAUCAUAAAACUGUCUAUCAUCAGUAAUAUAUGAGUUGUGUCUAUAUUAAUUAAUUUUAGUAUUUAAUAAAAAAACAACUCAAAUGAAUUAGUCACCAGUAUUUUGGUUAUUAUAUAUAUAUACAUAUUAUUUGUACCAACACCCUAACACAGGAACUCUUACAUAUUAUAUAUAUAUACUUUAAUUUCUCAAUUUAAUAUUUAUUUGUUUACUCAAUGAUUGACCCAAAUUAUUUUAUUAUUAUUAUUAAAAAAAAACCAUAAUAGAUAUUAUAAUAUAUAUAUAUAUAUAUUUAUGGUGCUUAAAAAAAAAAAAUGAAUUAAUUUAUAUCACAAACAUUUAUAAAAAAUGUGUUUAGCCAAGUGCUUUUAAAUAUUUGUAUAAUUAUCUUUACAAAAACGUGUUUAAUUAUGUUAUGGUCCAAAGUUAAACAAAAUAAUUUAUAUAAUUUAUUUUACGUUUUAAUUUUACUCAUUUAUGAGCAUUAAAAAUAUAACUAAGGCAUUAUGUUAGUGAUGUUACAAACUAUUCAAAAUUCAAAACAAAUGUAAAAGUUUGCUUCAUUUAGAAAACUAAUUUUGUAUUUGAAUGACUGAAGUUGAUAUGCACAUUUUACAAAAUAAUACCUAGUACAAAUAACCAAAAAAAUUCCAUAAUAUUUUUGUAUCACUCUUCAACGAUUCAAAUAAACUAUUAGGUAUAUGGUUCUCAAUUUGAAAAUCAAACAAUUCGUAACAUCACUAUAUUAAAGUUCAGAAUUUAUUCAUUCUAAUAAUGGUUUUAGUAUUAAUCAAUGCAAUAAAUUUUCUUAAUUGUUUAAGACUAAAUAUUUUAACUUUUGUUUAUAAAAAUUGCAUAUAUAUUUAUUUAAAUCAUUUUUUAUUUUUUUAAUAUUGAUAUAAAUAAUAAUUAAUUGAUGAAAUAAAUGUCAGUUGAUUAUCCCUGUAAAGUAUAAGAUUUAAAUGUAACCAAUAAAUUAUAUAUUGUAACUAUUUAUAAGCUAGUAACAUAGGCAAAACUAAAUUAUAAAUUAUUAAUAUUUAGUAAUUGGCAUUCAAUAUUAAAACUAUGUUUAUAUAAAUACAUAAUGAUUAUUAGUUAUUACCACUUUAAAUUUAGGCCAAAAUAAUGUUAUUUUUGUACUUGUUGAUAAAAAAAAAUGAAUAAGAAUAUCAAACCAUCAAAUAAUCAUAAUUACUUUGUAAAUAUAAUUUUACUGUUAGGAUAUAUAAUUUCUAAAACGUAGUACAAAAAUGAAAUUAAAAAAGAAAAAACAUAUUAUUUGAUCAAUUCAAUCAAAGUAUAUAAAUUUUUAAAAAAACUAAACUCAUAAGGCAUAUCGUUACAAAUACUAUCACCAAACAUUUCACCUAAACAUUAAGUUUAAUUAUUUAAUUAUGUUUCACUAAGAAAAUUCGGUAUAUUUAAUUUAAAUUAAAUUGAUGAUUAAAAAUAUUGUACCUAAAUAACAUUAGCCAUUUUAUGCACUAUUUUAUAAUACAUAGAAUGUUAGUUUAAAAAAAAAUAAAUUUAACUAAAACUACCAUAAUAUCGCACAAGAAAAAUAUUUUUUUAUAUUAAAUCUAUAUUCAAAAAAAUAUACUCUGCUAUAUACAAAGACACCCUAUCACCAAAAUAAUUAUUAGAUAUAUAUUUUAAAAAUGUAUACUAAGUUAAGAAACUGUAUAUGGAAAAUUAAAUUUAAAAUUUAUAAUAUCAAAUCACAACUACAAGUUUGCACACAGCUAAAAUAUAAAUUCGCAUUCAUUUUUAAUAUUUAAAUUGAUAUAACUUGAUGUAUUAAAAUAAUUAAAAAAUUAAAUUAAAAUUAAAAUGUAUAUUCAAUUGACAAUAAUUAUUAUAUGCAUUUUUAGUUUGUACUAAACACUAAAUAUAGUGAUAAUAUUUGAAUAAAUUACUAUUAUUAUAAUGCACAUAGUUUUCUUAUACAAAAAAUACUAGUGUUUAAAUAAACGAUUAAAUAGUUAAAUUCAACUAGAAUUAUUAAUAUUAAUUUUAAAAAAUUAUUUCAAAACUGGUUAAAAAUCACAAAACAUAUGUUUUUCAUUUUAAAUAUAACAUAUUCAAAUAUCAUCAAAACUAUACAGAUUUGUAAAGGUAAAUUAUUGAAUUUAUUGGUUAAUAAUUUAUGUUUGUAUGAUUAUUUUUAAAAUAUGAAAUUUCUAUAUCAAAUGUAAAAUUACAAAAUAAAACUAAUAUGCAUACUUACAAAAAAAAUUAAUCAUUAAAAACUUAUUUAGUUAUUAUUGUGAUAUACUUUAACUCCACAACCAUAAUAAUAAUAAUAAUAAUU